CUCGGUAUCCAUAGAAACUAUGGCUCUGACAUACGGCAGACGUCUUUCGUCAUCAGAGUGCGCCGUGUGUUUACAGCAUGGAGACGUGCUGGUGUCUGUGAGUGUUCAGAGUGUGUUCCUGGAGCCCAAGGCUGGUUUUUUUCUAAUCAGAUGACCCAAUGCAGAGACCCACACAUGAAAUCCAUAUAAGAAGACCUCCGGGGCGUAGCUUUAUUAUUGUAGUCUGAGGAAGGAACAGAUCUGCCGGAAUAAUUGUCGGAAUGGGAAUUCAGGGAUUAAUGAGCUUUGUGGGGUCAAACAGAAACUUCUGCAACAAUGUGCAGAUGAGAAACACCAAACUAAUUAUUGAUGGAAACAAUUUGUACCACAAGUUAUACUUUGAUUCUGGUUUGGACCUUGUGCAUGGUGGGGACUAUGCUGCAUUUACAGACAUCCUUAAUAAGUUCUUUGAAAGUUUGUCAGUUUGCAAUAUAGAAGCUUAUGUUGUGUGCGAUGGAGGCUGUGAUAUAUCGGAUAAGAAACUGGAAACCCAAAAGGAACGUUUCAAGGACAAAAUCAGGAUGGCAGCGAACCUGUCCACCGGGAAAGGCGGCUGCGUGCUUCCUCUCCUCAUAAGGGAGGUAUUUUUGCAGGUCUUGAAAAAGCUGAAUGUGCCAUUUGUCCAGUGUUUCGCAGAAGCCGAUCGAGAAAUAGUUGCCCUAGCCAAUCUGUGGAACUGCCCCGUGCUGACCUAUGACAGCGAUUUCUGUAUCUUUGAAAUAAAGGCUGGCUAUUGUCCCCAGAACUCCUUUCAAUGGAAAAACAUUGGCACCACAAAAGAAAGCCAAGACUGUUAUAUACCAGCGCACAGUUUCUCGGCACAGAGAUUGUGCAAUUAUUUUAACAACUUGAAUAUGUCUUUGCUGCCUCUUUUUGCAGUUCUCACUGGCAAUGACUACAUCAGCCUACGGGCUUUGGAGACCUUUUUUAGUAAGGUUCAUUUUCCGAUAGGAAAUGUGAGUAACAGUGGCCGGAAACAUGUUCAGAUUCAAGGCCUGUUAAAUUGGCUUUCUAGAUUUGCAGAUGUAGAGGAAGCCAUGGAGAAUGUGCUGAAGUAUCUUAACCUGAAGGAUCGGGAGUCGGUCAGACAGCUCCUUUAUUCAGCCAUGGAAGAAUAUAACCUUAAUGACACGGUCAACCUUCAGCCAUUUUUUCAUGGAGGUUUGUACGUCUCUCCCACUGCAGUGCAGCUAAGCUUGCCGGAUUGGGUUCAAAACGCUUUAGCAAAAGGAUCUCUCUCUCCAUUGCUGAGCGAUGCUUUGGUACAAAGGAGAGUAUUUCUUCAUGCGCAGGUCGAGGACUUUAAGAGGAUGUCUGCCCACUUGGUAACACAGCCUAUUCGUAAAGUGGUCUAUGCGCUACUACUAAACAUGUACCAGAGCUCACAGGCUGAACUUCAAGAAAGUAAGAGGCCUAAGCGGAUAUUUGUUGAAGAGUUUGACAGAUUGGAGACUAAUGUGAGAAGAUCAAAAGUAGAGAUCAGUUUCAUUUCUGAAGAUUGUAAUGAAGAUCUUUCACUUCAAAAUCUUCCAGGGCUCUCCUCGGCCACAAGCUUAAAGCUCCUCUUAAGGACCAUUGAAGUGAAAAUGACUGAUCUGAAGUCCGUACCUCCAGCUCACCACCUAACACUGGCUGCUCUGUGUUACUGGAUCCAACACGCCGACCCAAAAGUGAAAAUGCAUCAUUUUAAAGCUGUCCUUAUAGGAAUUGUUUAUGGAGAGAUCUAUGGCAAUUUGAAUAGGCCUGAGUUUCAGGGUGAUGGCUCACAAGCCGUGUGUGAGCAGAUGAAACGGAUAAAGUCGGAAGGUGCACAGCACAAGAAGCUGAACUUGGAGGAUCUACAUGUACUAUGCCAAUGGCAGUGCUGCCUGCAGAUGGUCCUGUCACUUAAUCAUCUUCUAUGUACACCUCUACUAGUACCGGAUUUAACCAGAUUGUACAACGGUUCUCUUGUGUAUUAUUUGGUGCAGAAGCUGAAGACCUCGUCUAUUGCCGAAGACAUUUUCAAGCCAUGUCCACCCCUGGAGAUGUUAUAUCAGGACUGUGUUGGUGCUGUAAUGUCUGCUGUACCACCAGAUUGUUUCCAGAUUAGAUCUAAAUCGGCAUCCAAAAAAUCUAAGAAAAAUACUAAAUCGGGCAAAACAUCAGCCAAUAUGCCAAACAAGACAGAGAAUCCCCCACAGAGUAACAUAAGCAACAGAUUUUCUACUCUGUACUUAGAAGACUGACCUACUAGUGAAAUUUGACCUAAAAAUGAAGCGAAUUGCAAUUACGCAGUGGAUAUAUCAGUGGUUACGCAGUGGAUAUAUCAUGCCAUGCAAACACCGAUAAAGGUUGUAAAUUUUCUCAGGAGUAGGAUAGCAACUAAAGGCAAUUUACUUAGAAAUCUAUUACUUGAGAGCUGUCUCAAUAACAGCCCUAAGGGCUACUCAUCCCAUCCUGCUGCUGGUCACUAUGCUUGGUAGACCAAAGGUUGAGCGUAUAUACACCAUGGGGACUUCACCAUACACUGUAUAAAAGCCUCAACAUUCACAGAGACAUGCAUAAAAGGUAGAUGAAAGAUUGAUAGCCGCACUCCAAAAAAACGUCCAGGUUGUCUUUUAUUCAAAUACAUCACCAAAUCAUAAAAACAGGAACAGGGGAACAGCCGACGUUUCGCACAAGAUCAGUGCUUAUUCAUGGAGACAUCAUGAAUAAUCCCUGUAAUGUGUCUAAUAUGUUUUUUUCCUAUAAUCGUCAGCUCCAGCUAGUGGCUAGAAUUAAGUAAUUCCUCAAUUUUUCAGCAAAAUACUACAUUAUGGCUACUAGAUGAUGCUGACGAUUAGGGGAUUAUUCAUGCUGGAUGUGUCAAUGCUGAGUCAUUCACACAGCAAUUUUUUUUUUAAAUAAAUGGACCCUUGAGUCUCUUACAGACUUUUCUAAUUAAAUGGCUUAGGAAUAAGUAAGAAAGUACAAAGUUCAGAAACCCAAACAACCAGUCAAAAUCCAAUUUGUGUGGUUGUGGGUUCAGUAAAGGGCAUUCUAAAUGGCUGCUAUAGGUUACUACCCUUUGUGCCUAAUUAGUUACUCCACUUUUGUGG